AUGAGUAUCUCCUAUACCAUCAGGAUGCUCACAAGGAGGUCACUUCCUUCCUAUGGGCUAAUUGCAAGAAGAUGGUCCUCGACUGUACCUGAAAGUGGACUAAAGCUCAAAGAACUUCAUCCAUCGCUACUAAAGAGAGUCGAAAAGUAUGUGGAAGAGCUACAUGGAUUAGAGCGUAUGCUAUCUGAUGGUGGCUCCUUUAAUGAUACAAAUCAAAAACUGUACGCUAAAGUUUCUUAUAUUAAAGAUAUUCGCGAUAGAUACCUCGAGCAACUGGAAAGUUUGAAAGAAUUGCAAGAAAUAAUUGACGAAGAUCCUAGUCUCAGGGAUGAUGCUCAGUCGGAAUACGAAAAACUGGUUCCAGAACUAACAGAAACUUCUAAUGAAUUACUAAGAAAACUGAUACCACCACAUGAAUUCGCUGAUAAAGCAUGUAUUUUAGAAUUAAGACCAGGUGUAGGUGGUAUCGAGGCUAUGAUCUUUGCACAAGAUCUGCUCAACAUGUAUGCGGGAUAUGCACAGAAUAAGAAGUGGAAAUUUCAUUUAAUAUCAAAAUCAGAGAAUCAGAGUGGAUCAGGUAUAGUAGAUGCCAUAUUGAGCAUAGAUGAGCCUGGUUCUUACAACAGGUUGAGACAUGAGGCUGGGGUUCAUCGAGUACAGAGGAUUCCAGCUACGGAGACCAAGGGCAGGACACAUACCUCGACCGCUGCCGUUGUCGUACUACCUCAGAUGGGUGAGGAAUCCGAGAAAGCAUCGGAUGCUUACGAGAGAAGUUUCAAGCCAGAUGAGAUACGUAUUGAUGUUAUGAGGGCAAGUGGGAAAGGUGGCCAGCAUGUUAACACUACAGACUCAGCCGUCAGAAUAACACACUUUCCGUCUGGCAUUGUCGUCUCCAUGCAGGACGAAAGAUCUCAACAUAAGAACAAAGCCAAAGCAUUCGCCAUUCUCAGGGCUAGAUUAGCAGAGAAAGAGCGUCAAGAGAAGGAAGAGAAGGAGCGGUCUGUUAGGAAGGAUCAAGUCACCACUACUGAUAGAUCUGACAAGAUUAGAACUUAUAAUUUCCCCCAAAACAGAAUCACUGAUCAUCGUUGUGGAUACAAUAUUCACGAUAUUGAGGGAAUCAUGUCUGGAGAAAGGCUCGACCAUCUCAUCGACGCCAUGGAGGAAUACGAUGCCGAUGCCAAGGCCAAGGAGCUCCUGGAAGAGGCAUAA